AUGGUGUCCCGUGGCCAGGACCCCCUGGGCCCCAAGUACGUGGGCCUCUGGGACUUCGAUGCCAGAACAGACGAGGAGCUGAGCUUCCGGGCGGGGGACCCGCUCCGCGUGGUCUGGAAGGAGGAGCAGUGGUGGUGGGCCAGGCGGCUGGAUGCAGCGGGCAGGACCCUGGCCGAGGGCUACGUGCCCCACAACUACCUGGCUGAGGAGGAGACGGUGGAGUCUGAGCCGUGGUUCUUCGGCCGCAUCUCCCGCUCGGAAGCCACGCACCGGCUGCAGGCAGAGGGCAGCUCCACCGGCUCGUUUUUGGUCAGGGUCAGUGAGAAGCCGGGUGCUGACUACGUGCUCUCAGUGCGGGAUGCCCAAGCCGUUCGGCACUACCGGAUUCGGCGGCUCUCGGGCGGCCGGCUGCACCUGAACGACACGGUGUCCUUCCCCAGCCUGCCUGAGCUGGUGAGCUACCACAGGGCCCGGAGCCUGGCUCCCGGCCUGCGGCUGACCACGCCCUGCUGGAAGCACGAGUCGGAGCCCCCGCCGCAGUGGGCGGACUGGGAGCGGCCGCGGGAGGAGUUCACGCUGUGCAGGAAGCUGGGGGCUGGUUAUUUUGGGGAGGUCUUUGAGGGGCUCUGGAAAGACCAAGUCCGAGUGGCCGUCAAGGUGAUCUCUCGAGACAACCUCCAGCACCAGCACACCUUCCAGUCGGAGAUCCAGGCCAUGAAGAAGCUGCGGCACAAGCACAUCCUGGCGCUGUACGCAGUGGCAUCCCUGGGGGACCCUGUCUACAUCAUCACGGAGCUCAUGGCCAAGGGCAGCCUGCUGGAGCUGCUGCGGGAGUCUGAUGAGAAGGUCCUGCCCGGGUCGGAGCUGGCGGACAUGGCGGCACAGGUGGCUGCGGGCAUGUGCUAUCUAGAAUCACAGAACUAUAUCCACCGAGACCUGGCUGCCAGGAACAUCCUCGUGGGGGAGAACAACAUCUGCAAAGUGGGCGACUUCGGGUUGGCCCGGCUCAUCAAGGAGGACAUCUACCUUUCUCACGAGCACAGCAUCCCCUACAAGUGGACGGCUCCCGAGGCACUCUCCCGAGGGCAUUACUCCAUCAAGUCUGACGUCUGGUCCUUCGGAGUUCUCCUCCAUGAGAUCUUCAGCAGGGGUCAGACCCCCUACCCAGGCAUGUCCAACCACGAGGCCUUCCUGAGGGUGAAUGCAGGCUACCGAAUGCCCUGCCCCGCAGGGUGCCCGCCCAGCGUGCACCAGCUGAUGUGCUCCUGCUGGAGCCAGGAUCCCGAGCGGAGGCCUUGCUUCAGAGACCUGCGUGAGCGGCUGUCCAGCCUCACCAGGUACGAGAACCCGCUCUGA